AUGAAGCAGGGCGACUCGGAGGCUACUGAGGAGUCCGGGGCUCUUGAGGCCAAGACAUCGUCGGGUAGUCGACCGUCGGCAUUCACGCCAGUUCCUGGUGCUUCGGAGAAGCCCUGUUCACCGGUCGAGUCCUCACCUGCUCAGGCACCCGUCAUGGGACCCCAGCUGUUCCGGCCGUUCCUGCCAGCCAUGUUUCCAGCUCUGGAGCCAGCGCUGUUCUGCCGAAGUCUGACGGAUUUCGCCUUGAAUCCAGCCGCCUUGCCCAUGUUCUUCCAGCGACGACGGCGCAAGGACGGACGCCAGCGCCGCCAGCGCACCACGUUCACGAGCGAGCAGACGCUGCGGCUGGAGCUGGAGUACCAGCGCAGCGAGUACAUCAGCCGGCCGCGGCGAUUCGAGCUGGCCGAGGGACUGGAGCUGACCGAGACGCAGAUCAAGAUCUGGUUUCAGAACAGGCGCGCAAAGGACAAGCGCAUCGAGAAGGCGCAGCUGGACCAGCAGUACAGGUGGGACACACCGCUGCGAUCAGAAGGCUGUUCUCGUCUGCACGUGGCAGCCGUGGCCAACUCGGUCAAGCCACGCAUCAUAUUCGCAGAUCCUCGAACCAAAUCCGCGAUCGCCUCGAAGCGGGGACAUCAUCAUCCUAGCUCUAAGCACUGCAGCUCGAAAGCGUGUUUGGCCCUGGCUAGCGGUCUGGGUUCGCUGUGCGCGGCGGCACCCUCUAGUGUGGCUGGGGGACACGGGGCGACGAACGGCAGCACCCAGGCCGGCGCACAAUCCGGUUCGGCCACCGCCGCUGUGCAGCCAUUCUGCGGAGCGUGCUACUUCAAGCCGCCCUCGGUGCUGCCGCCUCCUUCAACGGCCGCUGCUGCGGCUGCCGCGGCAGCUGCGGCAGCCGUAGAUUCCGCCGCAGCCAGAUUCGGCCUCUGA